CUUCUGUUGGGAUCACGUGCGCGUGACACCCUCCGAGUGUCACGUGGAAACAGGAAACCGUUCGGACUCAGCUACGUGUUCUGGUGUGUUUAUUAAUAAACUGAAUGAAGUGAAAGAGCAAAGAGACUCUUAUUCUGAAAAUGGAUCCGGAUGUGUUAUUGCUGACGUGUCGGACCGUGACGUGCUCAGGUGUGUUCGUGCCGUCAUGGGGGUCGUUUACUCGGAGAAAUGACCCCGCCCACCUGAAUGUUCAGGAGGUGCACACCGGGGACACCCCCCUCAUCGCUUCCUGCCGCCAUGGUCACCUGAAUGUGGUCCGAUACCUGCUGGACAACAAGGCCAACAGCCAGCUGACCAAUAAGAAACAGAGGACGUGUCUCCACUACGCCUCCAAGAGGACGUUCUCGCUGCUGGAUUAUCUGAUGAUCGCCAUCCUGAUGCCCAUCCUGCUGCUCGGAUACUUCAUCAUGGUAUGGCCAAUCAGCAGUCUCUCUCAGCCAGACAUCAUACAGGUAAAGCACAGCCUGAUCUGCUCACAGGUGUUUCUGUGUUGCAGCUUGAAACUCUCUCCAGCUGUUUGCUUUACUGGACGCUCCUUUCAGAUUUUCAUGGUAAAGGUCACGACCACUAAAACUUUCAAAUUAAGAGCUGUCAGACAAAAAAGGAGGAAUGAAAACAAGCUGUGGUCGUAAAAUGGUUUUAUUUAGGAAACAUCAUCAUAAUGAGUAAAAAUGGUUUCAUAGCAAGUUAAAAAACGCUCACAGGUGACUGAAACUGCAGAUUCACUUCUUAUUCCCACAUCCACAUUUUCAUAGUUUGUCCUCAGGACAAGUGUCUCCGCGCUAAAAACAGGAAGUAGUAAAAAGCAGCCGCACUGACAAACACGCAGAUCUCCUCCUACAGAUUCAACCCGACGUGCUGCUUCACAGCAGAGUGCCCCGGGGCUCGCUGUGCGACCUGUUCACACGCUGAUUGUGACACCAAAUAGUUACCUGAAGCGUGACAACACUGCUCCCUCAUUGGUUCCCGGCAGAACACCCGCCAGGUGUGAAGUGAGUCAAACUGCAGGAGAACGCGGUCUGGUCCUAUGAAACGCUCAGAGUGACUCGCUCGUUUAAACAUGCAGCAGCGUGCUUCGAUUGCCUUUAAAGCUGCAGGUGAUAUGAUAGGUCCAGGCAGCGAGGGCGGGGCAGAAACUGCCUGCUGCAGGAAGAAGGGUCAAAACUCAGUCUCCAUAAAA